AUGAAGGGCGGAGAGGGGGACGCGGGCGAGCAGGCCCCGCUGAACCCCGCUGGCGACGGCCCCGCGGCCUCGGCCACGUACCGAGAGUUCGUGCACCGCGGCUACCUGGACCUCAUGGGGGCCAGUCAGCACUCGCUGCGGGCGCUCAGCUGGCGCCGACUCUACCUCAGCCGGGCCAAGCUCAAGGCCUCCAGCCGCACGUCCGCCCUGCUGUCGGGCUUCGCCAUGGUGGCCAUGGUGGAGGUACAGCUGGAGAACAAACACGAGUACCCGCCAGGCUUACUGGUGGCCUUCAGUGCCUGCACCACCGUGCUAGUAGCUGUGCACCUCUUUGCCCUCAUGGUCUCCACGUGUCUGCUGCCCCACAUUGAAGCCGUUAGCAACAUCCACAACCUCAACUCUGUCCACCAGUCACCACACCAGCGACUCCACCGCUACGUGGAGCUGGCCUGGGGCUUCUCCACUGCCUUGGGCACCUUCCUCUUUCUUGCUGAAGUUGUCCUGGUUGGCUGGGUCAAGUUUGUACCCAUUGGGGCUCCUUCAGGCACACCGGCUCCUGUGGUAGCUGCCUCCCAGGUGCCUGGGACUGUGCCACCGGUGGCCACCCCUCUUAGCCCAGCUUCAAAGCUCCUGCCAUCCCCUGGUUCUGGAGCCCCGUCACAUGCCGGGUCACCUGAGGCCUGCCCACCCCGGCAAGUGUGCGGUGGUAGCGAGGCCCACGGGCCAGGCUGGCAAGCAGCCAUGGCCUCUACAGCAAUCAUGGUACCUGUGGGGCUCGUGUUUGUGGCCUUUGCCUUACAUUUCUACCGCUCCUUGGUGGCACACAAGACAGACCGUCACAAGCAGGAGUUAGAGGAGCUGAGUCGCCUGCAAGGGGAGCUGCAGGCUGUGUGA